GUAUGUGGCAGUCUCAUCCAACUUGCUGAGAUGAUCAAAGAAAUGACUGGAAAAAAUGCCAUACCAGAUUACAUGGCCUAUGGGUGUUAUUGUGGAUGGGGAGGCAGAGGCAUGCCAAAGGAUCAGACUGACUGGUGCUGUCGUAACCAUGACUGUUGCUACAAGAGAGUGGAUGAGCAGGGAUGUGACUCCAAACUUGCCACCUAUUCUUACACCUACAAGUCAGGGAACGUCAUCUGUGGAAACGAACCCUGGUAUUGGGCAAUGAUUCCGGGUACUUCAAUCCAGUGUGAGCGCCUGACCUGUGAAUGCGACCAAAAGUUUGUGCAGUGCCUGAAAAAGAACUUAAAGACGUACCAGAAGAAGUACACCUAUUUUCCCAACUUUUUGUGCUUUGGCCACCCUCCUCUGUGUCCUGCUGAGCCAAGAAUGAGGUGGAGUAAGGAGGCAGUAGGGGGAGGGAGUUUGCAUGGAAUACAAAAUUCAGUUCCGGUUUUGCAUUUCCCUAAGGAAGACCUGGACAGAAAUGCAGCUGCAAUAUCGGAAAGUUCCCUUCUUUCAACUUUGCAACGCUUUUCUCCAGCAAAAAAACCCAUAUACGAGUUCCGCUCGCCACAUUCCUGCAUGAAGCGAAAAUGUUUUUCUUCAACCAGGCCUUGGGCCGAUUAAUAUUCUACAGCCUUUUGAAUGUGUCUUUGGCAAGGGCGGAGUUGUUGUUUUCCCGGUUUGUUUUACUUAUUUACCUGUUUUUAUCCUGUAUUUUAUUCUGUGAACUGCAC